AUGGUGAAAACUCGUGGAGCUUCCUCUAAGAAGACCACUGCUUCUCAAUCCAGAAAGGUGCCCUCUCCGUCGCCUCCUCCAUCUGUGUCAACAGCGCCUCCAUCUGUUCCAGCACCAACAACAUCUGUUGGGAAAACUCCCAAAUUCAAGGCGCGCAAGAAGGUGUUCUCCCUCUCUACUGAACACCCCAUGGUGUUUCCAGAUAUCACAGCUGAUAUUGUCGACAUUGCACCACCAUCUGAAGUGGUGGUGCCCUCUCGAGCCAAGAACCUAUCUCUUAUUCCGAUUGAAUCGUCUCUUAUGGCUAGGGCAAAAUUAAAAUCUGUUUCAUCCUCUUCCAAAGCUGCUGCUGCUAGGUUACUCAAGCUGCCCAUGAAGCCGAGCCAGUCCAAGAAAAAUUAUGUGGCUCCAAAAAGAAAAUUGGGGUUGGACUCGUCUUCUUCCCCCUUGACUGCUGCCAAGAAAAGAUUGAAGGCUCAUCCCCCUUCUCCGUCUUCCUCCGAAUUUGACCCUGAGGAAGCAAAAUCUGAGUAUGAAACAACCCAUGAUACCACCUUAUCUGAUGAAUCUGUUCCUGACAAUGCGGAAUCAGAGGCUGAGUCUGAUGAGCCAAAACAAGAAGACAUUGUCCCCUCUGAACAAGAAGCUAAAUCUGACAUAGAGCCAGUUGCAACUCCUUUGUCAUCCAAGGCUAAAGGCAAGAGACCUAUUUCUGAUUCUACACCAUCUCCAAAACUGUCAGUGUUUGUUAGGGGCCAUUGGUUCUCUUUUUCUCCACAAGAUAUUGCCCAUGCUUUGCAUCUUCCUCUUGAUGUUGAGGAUGAUGAUGAUCUUGCCUCACUUGACAAGGAUGCGGUUAUCACAGAAUUAGUAGGGCAAACAAUGGUAUGGCCAUCUAAUACAGUCAUCUCGGCCACUAAUCUCACCUACGCUUAUGUUGUUCUCCAUAAGUUUGCCACAACGAAUUGGAAACCAACUUCUCACACCGCAACUAUCUCAUUUGACAUAGCCUCUUUUUUGUACAAAGUGGGAACCGGAAUUGGUAUAAACUUGGCUAUGUUUAUCUAUGAUCAAAUCAUUGGAUUUCGAAAAGGUAAUAGGAGAAACUUGAAUCUUCCUUUUCCUCAAGUUAUUUAUAAAGUUUUGAGUAUGCAGAAAAAAGAUCUCCAGCGUGAUCAAGAAGACUUGGUGGCUCCCACUACUGCUGCUCCCUACAAGGCCUUUGCUCCAACUACUGAAGCUACUGAUGCUCCAUCAACCAAGAAAGUCAAGCCUCAAUCUCUGAAGUUUGCCUCGGAUGACAUUCCUCUUGAAUCAUCCUCUGUUCCCACAGAUUCAGGACUUGUUGCUACAGAACUAGCUGCUGUUCGAGCCUCUGUUGAUUCUUUGGCUGCUCGAGUGACGACGAUUGAAGGACUGCAACGUUCUAUGUUGGAUGUUGUUCAAACUCUGUCCAAGGAUCCAGUCGUUUAG